CCCCCCAAAACCCGUCGUUUUAGGGGGGGAAGUGGGGGGAAACGUUCCGGCCCCUCCCCCGAAGGAUGGCUCAUCCAAUGUUUCCCCUACUGGAGACGUUCUACGACUCCAAGCACCGCGCACACGUAAUAGCUGACGAAGGGGAAGCGCUGCAGCCCCUCCGUGCACGUACUCACUCGCCUCUCCGAUGGGAUGAGCGGUACACGUCGUACUUGCGUCGGGCUGGGUUGCUGCCUUUGGCUCAAGUUGUGUGCGCGGGUCUGCCAGUGAUGGAUGCACCCCUUCUUACUGUUUUUGUUGACCGUUGGAGGCCGGAAACACAUAGCUUCCACCUGCCUUGCGGUGAAGUGUCCAUAACUCUACAAGAUGUGGCAAUGAUUCUUGGACUACCUCUGGAGGGAAAUGCAGUCACUGGCAUGAUACAGAGUGAUGGAUGGAGGGAUAUGGUUCAAGCGCAGGUUGGGAUUCGUCCACCAGAACCACCAGGGGGAGUGAAGGAUAGAAAGACCUCAGGGGUGAGCUCGGCUUGGCUAAAGGAAAAUUUCAACCAUUGCCCCCAAGGAGCACCUCAAGAACUUGUAGAGUGCCAUGCACGUGUUUGGGUGUGGCACCUCUUUGGAGGCUUCUUGUUUCCGGAUGGUUCAGGCAACACUAUAUCAUGGAUGGUACUACCUAUUCUUGGUCAGCAGUGGGAAAACAUUGCACAGUACAGCUGGGGGUCGGCAACACUUGUUUGGUUGUACCGACAACUUUGUGAUGCAUGUCGGCGGGUUGCAAGCGACUCAAACCUAGGAGGGUGUGCCUAUCUAUUGCAAAUUUGGAUUUGGGAAAGUUUUCCAGUAGGUCGGCCGUACCGUGGUGAAUUAGAGCCUUGGCCGCACCAUGACCCAGAAUCGAGGCCAACAGUUGCUUAUUGCUGGAAGAAUGUGGGAGCAGUUAGAGGGGACCCUGCGCGCCGCUACAUGCACUACAUGGAUGAACUUGACUGCCUCACGCAAAAUCAGAUCUUUUGGACACCCUACGAUAGAGAUGAGCUCGAGAACUUGGGCCUCAGCGACAUGUGCACACGAGAUGAGGAAUUAUGGAGGAGCGUUGUUCCUUUGAUUUACUUCUUCGCCGUCGAGCUCCACCUGCCCCACCGUGUGAAAAGACAAUUCGGUCGUCUACAAGACUUCCCCCCAGAAGCUAUUUCGACCUCCCAAGCUUUGCACAGAAUUGACAGGAAGAAAAGAUACACUGAAAAUGACUGGCGUGUGAAACACGCGGUUCCUCUUGGACAGUGGGAGCAAAGGCAUAGGAUGAACCCUGAUUCCGGUCCAGCGCAUAGGCACAACCAUUACAAAGACUAUCUUUGGUGGCUACAUUCAGUGUCAAGAGUUUCAAUCAAGCCGCCACGCUACACUGAGCCUAUAGAGGAUCGCGAGGACACCGACGAUGAUGAUGACAUCGUCGACGAGUACGAUGAUAUCACUCGCUCAGGAGUUCAGCCAGAGAGGGCCCCUUUGCAAAACUACAUGGCACAACAACUCGGCCGACUAGCUAACGAGGCCGGUGUCGCAAUGGCACAUGCUAGCCAAGGAGGAAACGGUGGGGGACACCUACGGGCGUUUGCCGAGAGAGUCCGCCGUAGUUGCAAGCGGAUGGCCGCAAAGCUCAACUGCAUUGCUAGGCCGGACGAGGCAUUCGCCCCUGGCCCACAAGCUGCAGGAACUAGUGCACAUGCCGCUUCUUCGAGCAGGCGGACCCCGAUUCACUACGGUCAAGAUACCGCCAGAACCCCUUCUCGUUCGACCACUAGAACGGGUUCCCGUGCUGCUUCGAGGGGGAAAGGUAUUCAAUCACCCCAAGAAUCCGAGGAGUCCGACGCACAACGUGGCUCAGGAGAGGAGGACCCAGACUUUGAGGUCAUUGGGAUGUCACAGAUGUUCGAUGCUCCUCCAGACACGCAGACACAGGGGGAAUCUAGCCAGGCCGUGUAGACUCCGGCUCCUCCACGUCAGCAACGUCGUGGCCGUGACCGGACCGACGUUGGUAGCGCCAAUGUUGUGCCCACGGAGCCUGGACGCGCACGACGCCGCAAUGAACCGUUCAGCCCUCCAGAGCAACGCCGUCGCCGCCGCUAGAAGGCCGCCGUCAACCUAUUCAUAUUUGUAAUGACUCUCGACAUUAGAAUUUGUGAUGGACUAUUUGUGCAUGUGAUGGUCUAGUAGUGCUUGUGAAGGACCAUUUGUGCUUGUGAAGGACUAUUUGUACUCGUGUUAAUCUUAUUGUGCUUCUAGCUUUGUGACAAACUAUGUGUGCUUGUGUUAAA